AUGAACAAAGAAGCACCUCUCUCGAUUGCUGAGCGUGACUUCAUCCUCAAUGCGCUGCGUGAGGAUGUGCGACUCGAUGGCCGUGAGGCUGAUCAGCUUCGGCCUCUGAAAGUGUCUUUUGGGGAUGAGUACGGGCAUGUGAAGGUGCAGCUGGGCAAAACCAGUCUUAUUGUUCGAAUCUCAUCAGAAGUCACAAAACCUCGAGAUGACCGUCCAUUUGAUGGCGACUUUACAAUUGCCAUGGAAUUAACUGCCAUGGGCUCUCCCGCUUGGGAUAACGGACGAUCAGCAGAUCUCGAGCCGUAUGUUACCCAUGUUCUCGACCGGGUGGUUCGUCAUUCGAAUGCCCUGGACACGGAAUCGCUUUGCAUUGUCAAGGGAGUGAGUUGCUGGAGUAUCCGUGCGGACGUCCAUGUGAUUGACUACGAUGGCAAUUUGGUCGAUGCGGCCUGCAUUGGUAUCAUGGCUGGACUCCAGCACUUUAGACGCCCGGAUGCGGUGGUCAAAGACGGACAGGUUGUUGUCUAUGGCCUGGAUGAGCGUGUGCCAGUGCCGCUCAACAUCACUCACAAACCCCUCUCAAUCACAUUCCACACAUUUGAUGAAGGCAAGCGGGUGAUUCUCGACGCUACACGGAAGGAAGAGCAGGCGUCGGAGGCGGAUGUUGUGAUUGGAAUUAACAAUGCAGGCGAUGUCUGUUUUGUGUCCAAGUUCUCGGGAGCUCCUGUGGAUGCCAUGGUAUUUGUGACGAAAUCAUCCAUUGCUCUGGAAAAGGUCAAGGAAAUUAACGGUGUUAUUGAUAAAGCGCUGCAAGCGGACCUCUCAAAGCGGGCUAAAACCGGACAGGCAGACCAGUCGAGAGCGGAGAACGAUCGGUGA